AUGAGCGGCGAGAUCGAUGCCGUCUACAUAUAUGACGAGCAAAACGCCCCUCUCGUUGAACAUGUAUAUCGAUCCCGCCCGCCUUCGGCCUCCGCCAUCCUGCCCCUCUACCUUGCUCAUGCUGCCCCACGCCCUUCCUUGCUGUAUAUCCCUAGUGCCUCGCCACCGGUGACGGUAUUUUCAACGGUAGAGUCAAACCUGUUGUUUCUUGCGAUCAGCGAAGUCGACACAGAACCACUGCUUGCGCUAGAGUUCCUACAUCGCGUAGUUGACGCGCUAGAGGACUUUGUUGGAUCACCGCUGCUUUCAACUAAGAUUCAAUCAAGUUAUGAUGUCGUUGCGCAAUUGCUCAAUGAGAUGUGUGACGGGGGAACGGUAUGCAAUACUGAACCCAACGCCCUGCAAGAAGUCGUUGAAGUUCCCGGGUGGAUGGGAAAGCUGCUAGGUGGAAUUGGAGUCCCUGGUACAUCUACACCGACGUUGGGUUCUAGCAAUCCCCUUAAACAAUCCCUCGCGGCUGCCAGUGCAUCUCAAGGACCAGCCAUUCCCUGGAGACGGCCCGGAGUACGACACACAUCCAAUGAGCUAUAUGUCGAUAUUAUUGAAUCUCUGAAUGUCACUAUGGCUCCUUCGGGGCGAUUACUCUCCGCAUUGGUCUCCGGGACCAUUGCGUUUACCGCAAAGAUAUCUGGAGUUCCAGACCUGAUGUUGUCGUUAUCAGCACCGGGUGGCCAGCACGUCCUUGGUCGCAAGAUGGAGCUCCCGGUAUUUCAUCCGUGUGUUCGACUGGCCCGAUGGAAAGAACGACCUGGGGAGUUCAGCUUUAUACCACCAGACGGAAGAUUCAUCUUGGCUGGCUACGAGGUGGACCUUCUCCCCAUAGACCCUGAUCUCGAUGAGUCGCCAAGCCAUAUGGAGAAGGUCUUUUUACCCGCGAUUGUUGACAUUCGCAAGUCAUUAGGGUCAUCUGGAUCGGAGUUCGAGGUCCGGUUGACUCUGAACACGAACUUCCCUGGUCAAAGCUCAUCCUCUCGACCUGGUGCUGGGCGAAACGGAUCAGGUAAUUCAACGCCAUCCUUCCUGGGUGGCGGUGGUGGUAACUCUGCUCCCGUACUGGAAGAAGUUGUUGUCAGUGUACCGAUAUCCAAAUCCGUUCGACAUAUCACGGACAUGCAGGCCAGCCGUGGUGACGCCCAAUUCUCCCCUUCAAACGGGCUCCUCGAAUGGCGGAUUCCUACUGGAAAGGAUGCUGGAUCGCUUUCCGGGACCGCGACGCUACGCUGUAGUGUCUCAGGCUACCCCUCGGCCGAUGACGACCUCGACAGUCCAGAUGAUGCUGAUGAAGACGCCAACGCGAAUCUCCUCCAGGGCUAUUACGAAGCCCCCACUUCGUACAAUGACGCAUCUGCCAGUACAUCCAAGAAAACCCGAUCUUCGGACCCUUCCAAGCGAAAGAAGAAGAAGAAGAAGUCCACAAAGAAGUCCCGCUCUGCGCUUCACCCAGAGGACGCCGAAGAGGACCCAACCGCGGCGAAUGCUCCGGCAACUACCCCAUCACCUAGUCAUUCUAAACCUCCAACACCCACCCCUCCACCUCAGCCUCAAUCAUCAAACUCUCACCUUCCUGCUUUCUUCGCUCCAUCCACAUCCCGCCCGGCUCGCAGAACCAAAGCCCAGGUCAAUGCCAGCCUAAUGCCAAACUCUGCAUCUGUCUCUUUCUCCGUGCGCGGCUGGUUGCCGUCCGGUAUCAAAGUCGAAAGUCUCAACAUCGACCAGCGGCGGAGUCGCGGCUUGGGCGAGGGUGUCAAGCCAUACAAGGGUGUCAAGUAUCUUUGUGUAAGCAAUCGUGGCGUGGAACGACGCUGCUGA